ACCACCUUGUUUUCUAUAUAAAAGCUUUUCAGUUUUCAAUCUUUCAUUGAAUUUUCCUCACUUAAGCUUAUAUAACUUAUAUAUGAAGGUAGUAGAGUCAUAUCAUAAAGAAGCAAGUCUGAAUACAAGUUUCCAACAAAAAAGAGUUAAUUGUGUAUCACUAGUUCAAAGUUCACCUUCUCAGAAGCUACAUAGAUCACUGAUGGAGAAGCUUGUUAGGUCCAGUUGCAACAAAGAAUACAUGAGGAUGGCCAUGUUAAAACAUGAAGAAACUUUCAAAGAACAGGUAUACGAGCUUCAUCGUUUGUACAGGAUUCAGAAGAUACUGAUGCAAAACAUGGAAGCCAGAAGAGGAAUCGAAGCGAGCGAAGAAGAAUGGCACUUCAAGAAUGGCAUUGGUUUAACUCACAAAGGUGCACAAGAAAAGCCUCAAAUUAAAUUUGACCUUGAAAGUCCUGCAGAGGAACACAUUGCAGAAUCAGAAGAUGGGGUGCUAGAAGUCAUCGAUGAGACCGAGAUUGAGCUGACAUUAGGCCCGUCGAGUUACAACCGAAGGAAGAAAGUUGAGACACCGCUAACUUCAGAUUCAGGACACAGCUUGUCUUCUUCUUCUAGUGGAUCCAGCCAUGUGAACAAGACAAGAUGUCAUGGCAGUCACACUAGAGAAGAAUCAAGUGGAAGCAUAAUUCGGCUUGUCCAGGUGCCGGGUUCAACACCAGGAUACCAAAGUGGAAUUAGAAACAGUUUUGAUAUUGAAGAACAAUUAAGACAAGAGAGAUUAAAACAGUCACCUUGGCUUUUCCAAGUGUUGAAUCUGAACAUGACUUGAAAGAAAGAAAAAAGAAAAUUCUAUGGUCAAUGUGAUAUAUUUUAAGUUUCUGUUUUAUGAGCUAAGACUAACUUUGUGGAUGAUGUUUGUGUUGAAUGUUCAGCCAAAUUAUUGAGUGUGAUAGGAUUUGAUAUGUCUAUCAUAUGAGAUAGCUUUUUUCCCCUGGUACCAAAACCCAUUACUAUUCACAAUUCGCAAUUCACAUGCCACUGAUAUUUCUUUGGUCCUGCA